GGCUGGCGGAAGUGACGGGUGGAUUUGUUGACAGCGGAGGCUGUUGGGGGGGGGGCGGGAGCGGACCCUCAGGAGGACACACACACCCCCGCCCCCGGGGACCGGAACCGGAACGAACCUGGAUCCCCUCUACCCAGGGAGCCGGGCAGGGGCCUCGGGCCAGAUGUCCUAAUGUCCCUGUAAAUCCAGCUGGGAAUCUCCUGAGGUUGGGGGGCAGGGAUCCCUUGAAUUGAAAAACUUCCUUCUGCCACAGUUCCCUGCUCCCCCUGCCCUCCACCUCUGUUCCCUGAAGAUGGCAUCUGACAGCCCAGAGUCGCUGAUGACAUUAUGCACAGACUACUGCCUCCGCAACCUGGAGGGGACCCUCUGCUACCUACUGGACAACGAGACUCUCCGGCUUCACCCCGAUGUCUUCCUGCCGAGUGAGAUCUGUGACAAGCUCGUCAAUGAGUAUGUGGAGCUGGUGAAUGCAGACAGCAUCUUUGAACCCCAUGAGAGCUUCUUCACCCUGUUUUCAGAUCCUCGGAGCACCAGGCUAGCCCGAAUCCAUUUGCGGGAGGACGUAGUGCAGGACCAGGACCUGGAAGCCAUCAGAAAGCAGGACCUUCUUGAGCUGUCCUUGAUUAACUGUGAGAAGCUGACAGCCAAGAGCCUGCAGACACUGCUGAGCUUCAGCCACACUCUAGUUUCUCUUAGCCUCUUUGGCUGCAGUAAUCUCUUCUACGAGGAAGAGAACCCAGGAGGCUGUGAAGACGACUGCCUGGUGAACCCCACUCGCCAGGUCUUGGUCAAGGACUUUACCUUCGAGGGGUUCAGACGCCUGCGCUUUCUGAACCUGGGCCGUAUGACUGAGGGGGUGAACGUGGAGACAUUGCUUCGACCUUUGGCCUCUCUCACUGCCCUGGAUCUCUCUGGGAUCCAGCUCAAUGAUGUGGCAUUUCUGACCCAGUGGAAGGACAGUCUGGUUUCCUUAGUGCUUUACAACAUGGACCUUUCAGAGGAGCACAUCCAAGUGAUCUCACAGCUCCGCAAGCUCAGGCACUUGGAUAUUUCCCGAGACCGCCUGUCCAGUUAUUACAAAUUCAAGCUGACCCGGCGGGUGCUGAGCCUGUUUGUGGAUAACCUGGUAAACCUCUCCUCACUAGAUAUCUCAGGGCACACCAUGCUGGAGAACUGCACCAUCUCAAGCAUUGAGGAGAAAGUGGGUCAGACAAGCAUUGAGCCAUCAAAGAGCAGCAUUGCCCCCUUCAGGGAUCUAAAACGACCGCUUCAGUUCCUGGGCCUCUUUGAGACCUCUCUUUGCCGUCUGACGCAUAUCCCAGCCUACAAGGUGAGUGGGGACAAGAAUGAAGAGCAGGUGCUGAAUGCUAUCGAGGCAUACACUGAACACCGUCCCGAAAUCACGUCCCGGGCCAUCAAUCUCCUUUUUGAUAUUGCCCGCAUCGAGCGCUGCAACCAACUGCUGAGAGCACUGCAGCUGGUGAUCACAGCUCUCAAGUGUCACAAGUACGAUAAGAACAUCCAGGUGACUGGGAGCGCAGCCCUUUUCUACCUAACAAAUUCAGAGUAUCGGAUGGAGCAGAGCGUGAAGCUGCGGCGUCAGGUGAUCCAGGUGGUGCUGAAUGGCAUGGAGUCUUAUCAGGAAGUGACAGUGCAGCGGAACUGCUGCCUGACACUGUGUAACUUCAGCAUCCCAGAAGAGCUGGAAUUCCAGUACCGUCGUGUCAACGAGCUGCUGCUGAACAUCCUUAACCCUACUCGGCAGGAUGAGUCCAUCCAGCGCAUCGCUGUACACCUCUGCAAUGCCUUGGUCUGCCAAGUGGACAACGACCAUAAGGAGGCUGUGGGCAAGAUGGGGUUUGUCAUGACCAUGCUAAAGCUGAUUCAGAAGAAGCUGGUGGAUAAAACAUGUGAUCAGGUGAUGGAGUUCUCCUGGAGCGCCCUGUGGAAUAUCACAGACGAAACCCCUGAUAACUGUGAGAUGUUUCUCAACUACAGUGGCAUGAAGCUCUUCCUAGAGUGCCUGAAAGAGUUCCCAGAGAAGCAGGAGCUGCACCGUAACAUGUUGGGGCUUCUGGGAAAUGUGGCGGAGGUAAAAGAGCUCCGCCCACAGCUCAUGACCUCCCAGUUCAUCAGUGUGUUCAGCAACCUGUUGGAGAGUAAAGCAGAUGGGAUUGAGGUAUCUUACAAUGCAUGUGGAGUUCUCUCCCACAUCAUGUUUGAUGGCCCAGAGGCUUGGGGUAUCUGUGAGCCACGCCGAGAGGAAGUAGUAGACAGGAUGUGGGCAGCCAUCCAGAGCUGGGACAUUAACUCCAGAAGAAAUAUCAAUUACAGGUCAUUUGAACCGAUCCUUCGACUCCUUCCGCAAGGGAUCUCUCCUGUCAGCCAGCACUGGGCUACUUGGGCUCUCUAUAACCUCGUCUCUGUUUACCCUGACAAGUACUGCCCCCUGCUGAUUAAAGAAGGUGGAAUGCCCCUUCUGAAGGAGGUGAUUAAGAUGGCUUCAGCACGCCAGGAGACCAAGGAAAUGGCCCGGAAAGUUAUAGAGCACUGCAGUAACUUUAAAGAGGAGAACAUGGACACUUCCAGAUAGAGGCAAUGAUCUAACAACGCCUCUUGCCAGCACUGUAUCCAGCUUCUCUCUAAUUCACUGUAUAUAGAGAGGACUCUUUCUCACCAGCUUGGCUGUUGGAAGGAACCUGUGUGUGUGUGUGUGUGUGGGUGUGCGUGUAUGGGUGUGUGUGUGUGUGAGAGAGAGAGACCCUCAGUAGAUGAAGGUGCACAGGGGUGGGGUGGGGGGACCUUUUGCACAACAAAUGCUUUCCUUAAAUUAGUAGGUUUUUCGUUAUGAAGGUACGGAUUGAAGUUUUGUGUAUAUGAUUUCUGUAUAAAAAACAAAAAAAAUCAUGUAUCUUUUGACCUUUUUUAGACCACAUGAGAAGCCUCAAAUUAAUGUGAGCUUGAAGAUC